AUGAGGAAAGCAGCGGUGGGGGUGGCGGUGAUAGGUGCGGCGGCGGUGUGUGUGGCGGCGGCGGUGGUGGUUCGACAAAGGAUGAAGAGUUCAAGAAAGUGGGGUCGUGUAAUGGCUAUACUUAAGGAGCUUGAUGACAAGUGUGGGACCCCUUUGGGUAAGCUUAGACAGGUUGCUGAUGCUAUGACUGUUGAGAUGCAUGCUGGUCUUGCAUCUGAAGGUGGUUCUAAGCUUAAGAUGCUCAUCAGCUAUGUUGAUAAUCUUCCUACUGGGGACGAGCAUGGAUUGUUUUAUGCAUUAGAUCUUGGUGGCACCAACUUCCGAGUGCUUCGAGUGAAGUUGGGUGGCAAAGAACAUCGUGUUGUCCAACAAGAAUUUGACGAAGUAUCAAUUCCGCCUGAGUUGAUGGUUGGGACAUCAGAACAACUGUUUGACUACAUAGCUGAGGCCCUUGCUAAAUUUGUUGCAACGGAAGGUGAAGGCCUACAUCCUGAACCCAAUAAGCAGAGAGAGUUGGGAUUUACCUUCUCUUUCCCAGUAAAGCAGACAUCGAUUGCAUCAGGGACCCUUAUAAGAUGGACCAAGGGUUUUAAAAUAGAAGAUGCGGUUGGUGAAGAUGUGGUGGCAGAAUUAACCAAGGCCAUGCAAAGAAAGGGUGUAGAUAUGCGUGUGACAGCUUUGGUCAAUGAUACAGUUGGAACCUUAGCUGGAGGUAGAUACCAUAAAGAAGAUGUAAUUGCUGCUGUUAUAUUGGGUACUGGAACAAAUGCAGCUUAUGUUGAACGUGCUAGUGCAAUUCCCAAGUGGCAUGGCUCUUUGCCCAAAUCAGGGGAGAUGGUUAUUAACAUGGAGUGGGGCAAUUUCCGUUCAUCACAUUUACCUUUGACCGAAUAUGACAUAGCACUAGAUGAAGAAAGUUUGAAUCCUGGUGAACAGAUAUAUGAGAAAUUGAUUUCUGGAAUGUACUUGGGUGAGAUUGUGCGAAGAGUCUUGUAUAGGAUGGCGGAUGAGGCCGGCCUUUUUGGUGAUACAGUCCCACCAAAAUUGAAUACUCCAUUCAUCUUAAGGACACCAGACAUGUCUGCCAUGCAUCAUGAUACAUCCCCUGAUCUUAAAGUUGUUGCAAGCAAACUGAAGGACGUCCUAGGGAUACCAAGUUCAUCAUUGAAGGUGAGAAAGAUUGUAGUUGAUGUUUGUGACGUCAUUGCUUCUCGCGGGGCCUGCCUUUCUGCAGCUGGGAUUUUGGGCAUUAUUAAGAAACUAGGGAGAGACACAUUGAAGCAAGGUGAAAAUCAGAAGUCUGUUGUUGCAUUAGACGGAGGGUUGUUUGAGCACUACGCCAAAUUCCGGGAGUGCAUGGAAGACUCUUUGAAGGAGCUGCUAGGUGAUGAAGUCGCUGAAACCAUUGUAAUUGAGCACUCAAAUGAUGGAUCAGGCAUUGGGGCUGCCCUUCUGGCAGCGUCCCAUUCCCAAUACCUUGAGGAGGAAUAAGAGUGUUGAUGGGGCAGCUUUUAGACUUUGCUGCCCCUGUGAAGAAUAAAAUCUGGCAAAAUGGGCUCUGCUUGCUGCAUGAAAAAAAUGGCAUGAAGCUCACUGUUCUGCCCUUUUCUAAGGGUUGUACAUUUCAAAUCCGGGUCAAGUGUUGCUUUUUUCGAGAAUCGGCCUGAAAAUGUCGUCCUGGCUAUAGUGCAAAGAGGGGCAAAUAAGAUCUGUGUCAUUUUUCUCUGUAGCUGCAAUUCAGCAGGAAACUUUUCUUGCUCCGAAUUGAUAUUUGUUAGUUUUAAUUAGCUUUGUCAAAGCUCUAUAGAGUUGAGCUUUGAUCAUAUUUACUCAUUAUCACUUGUUUAAAACCUGUACUAAUGUGCAGGUGUCGAAAAUUUAAGUGCAAUAAAAAAGAAAUUGAUGAUUAUUA